AGCAGCAGCGCCAGUCACAACCAGACGCCGGAGGAGAGAGGUUACGUGCCGCCUCCUCUCCCGCCUCCGUAACAUUACAGUGAGAGUACAGUGUCUUUGCUCAUCCCUCAGCAGUCCAUGAGUGAGGGGACACCAUGAGGGGGAUACACUUACUCACCUACCUGGUCGCCCUUCAAGUGGCAGGCGUGGUGGUGCGGGGUUGCCACAUCCCCACCAGCAUCUAUAGUGAGGAUGAUGAGAGCGAGGUACAGCCGUGGAGCAGAGGGGACAGAGUGACGAGAGAGGUGACCCUGGGGAGAGAGACUAGCGUGUGGCCCUGACGUGACCCCAGACCUCGUUGCCUCCCAACAGAGUGAUUACUACUGAGAGGGUGGGUCGCCUGAAGAAGGAAAUGAUUCGUCGAAGCCUGGAUGUUUAUAUCAUUCCCUCCAGCGACGAACAUCAGAGCGAGUACGUGGCUCCAGCAGACGAGAGGCGGAGGUACAUCGACGGGUUCUCAGGCAGCUACGGGGUGGCAGUGGUGACGGCGAGACACCAGGCACUGUGGACUGAUGGGCGCUACUUCCUCCAGGCAGACCAGGAGCUUGACUGUAACUGGCUGUUGAUGAAGAUGAAAAACCCCGGGGUGCCUAAGAUGACUGAGUGGCUGCAGACGACACUAAGACCCGGAGCCAAGGGUGGGGGCUGACCCGAGGCUGAUAGGGGCUGACACCUGGAUAUCCUACGCCGAGGACCUGGCUAAGUUCAAUAUCACCCUGGAGGCGGAGGAGAUGAACCUUGUGGACUUGGUGUGGCCGCAGCAGGAGAGACCGAAGUAUUCAGAUGACCCGAUUUUCGUUCUCGAGACUCGCUUUGCUG